GGAUGACGUAUAGAGAUGUGGGCGUGGCCAGCAGAACAACCGGAGGGCAAGUGACGACGAGUUGUGUUAUCAAACGACUUGACUUCUGUUCGGCCCACCGUACUACUGUCGCUCUACAGGCCGGAGACAUGUUUGCCCUACGAAGCCUCUCCCGUCUUGGGUCGAGACUUUCAGUCCCCGCUCUUGCGAGAAGAGGAUGCUCCGGUUCCGCCAUGGCGUUGGACGACGUGGUGAAUGGACUGACCGAAGAUCAGAUCCAGCUUCGAAAUUCGGUUCGAAAAUUUUUGGCAGAAAAGCUAGCCCCUUAUGCAGACGAAAUCGACAAGAAAAACGAAUUUGCUGGAAUGCGAGAAUACUGGAAAGACAUGGGGGAGAUGGGUUUACUCGGAAUCACUGCUCCAGUGGAGUACGGGGGAACCGGGCUGGGGUACCUGGAGCACGUCAUUGUGAUCGAGGAGAUGUCCCGGGUGUCUGCAGCCAUAGCUCUAAGUUACGGCGCCCACUCCAACCUCUGUGUCAAUCAGCUGGUGCGCCAUGGCAACGAGGAGCAGAAGGAGAAGUAUAUGCCUAAGCUGGUGACAGGAGAGCAUGUAGGGGCCUUGGCUAUGAGCGAGCCCAACGCCGGCUCCGACGUCGUGUCCAUGAAGCUGAAAGCUGAGAAGAAAGGUGACUACUACGUUUUAAACGGCAACAAGUUUUGGAUCACAAACGGGCCGGACGCAGACGUGCUCAUCGUCUAUGGGAAGACGAACCCAUCAGCACAUCAGAAAGGCAUCACAGCCUUCAUCAUUGAAAAGGGCAUGCCAGGUUUCUCCACAGCGCAAAAGUUGGACAAGCUGGGCAUGAGGGGAUCCAACACCUGUGAGCUGCUCUUUGAAGACUGCAAGGUUCCAGAGAAAAACAUCCUUGGGCCUCUUAACAAAGGCGUGUAUGUGAUGAUGAGUGGCCUGGACAUAGAGAGACUCGUACUCGCAGCAGGACCAAUCGGCAUCAUGCAAGCGGUCUUGGACUUUUCUGUUCCUUACCUCCACGUCAGGGAGGCAUUUGGGCAGAAGAUCGGACAUUUUCAAUUAAUGCAAGGAAAGAUGGCGGACAUGUACACGCGGUUAAGCUCCUGUCGGCAGUACCUCUACAACGUGGCCCGAGCUUGUGACCAAGGACACUUCAGCGCCAUGGACUGCGCUGGAGUGAUCUUGUAUUGUGCUGAGAAUGCGACUCAGGUUGCAUUGGAUGGCAUUCAGUGUCUUGGCGGGAACGGCUACAUCAACGACUACCCAAUGGGCCGCUUCCUCAGAGACGCCAAGUUGUACGAAAUCGGCGCCGGCACGAGUGAGGUCCGGAGACUGAUCAUUGGACGAGCCUUCAACGCCAUGUACAAGUAGGGCUGGAGCGGCCGUUUAUCGAGCCCCACCCCCUGGCUGAACCGGACACCUGCCUCAAAUCAUUGCACAACCCCAGGCCUUAUGAUUCGGUCUCCUCAAGCUCACCCGGUCGCAUUUCAUCACAGGAUUAGAUCGCACCGGACUUCAAGUUUUAAAUUAAACUGACUAUUUUGUUGUGUAAUAUACGGUUGAUUUGUUGAUUUGCUCUCCAUUUAUUGACAUCUCUGCUGCUGAUAUUUUUGAGGGACGUUUUCAUGUACCCAGUCGGUUCCACAGAACCGACCAGUAAACUGAAACUAGUAAACUGAAAGUCAUGACUGAUGCAAUAUUUGUGGCACUAAUCCGCCCAGAAGAAACUGGACCAGUGAAAAGAUAAAUACAUAACAAUAUACUAUUUGUUGAUCUGAAUACUUCUGGCUUGAGGUUGUGGACCUAAUUGUAGACUUUUGGAGUGUACCGUCGAUUUUUGGAAAUCGAUAGUAAUGUUAUUUCUGUCAUUUGGAUCUUCCUGAGCUGAGGUUUUGUUUCUGAUUCCACAAGAGACCUGGGUACACGACGACGGUAGAUGAGCAAUAUGAUAUUGAAUAUGAACAUAAGCUAAUAUAACCAGGAGGAGAGUUAGGUUUUUAUACACAUGAACAUUGCCUAUUGUAGGCUCCUGAAAAAUGUUGUAUAGAAAUCUUUGUUAAUUUCUAGAGUAAGCGUAAUAAAAGGUUGCACUAUAACCGAUUUUUAACAUUUUGCCAUGAUCUUCUUCCUAAAGGAUGUUGUGAUGUCUUUUUCUGGCUGUCGUAGUUUGUUUGAAUUGAAAUAAAAAAAGGCUAAAAGCAGUCCAAGUGAAUGUGAUUGCCUACCGUAA